CAUCAACAAAGUGCUGGAUGUUGUGUUAUUUUUCACGUUUUAAAUAUAUAUUAUUGAAAAAAUGGAAAGUAUAGAAUUGAUAGAUGAACCUAUGCCUGGACCUUCGACAUCUAAUUAUCAAAACGAAGAACAACCGAUAAAAAAACAUUGUAAUUUACCUUGGAUUGAAAAAUAUAGACCACAAACUUUUCAAGAAAUAAUGGGAAAUGAAGAUACCAUCACAAGAUUAUCUAUAUUUUCAAAACAAGGAAACGUGCCUAAUAUAAUUAUAGCAGGUCCCCCUGGUGUUGGUAAAACAACGACAAUUCUUUGUUUAGCUAAGAUAUUGUUAGGACCAGCUUUUAAAGAAGCUGUUUUAGAAUUGAAUGCAUCUAAUGAUAGAGGAAUUGAUAUAGUAAGAAAUAAAGUGAAAAUGUUUGCUCAACAAAAAGUUACGUUACCACCCGGUAGACACAAGAUAAUCAUUUUAGAUGAAGUCGAUAGUAUGACAGACGGAGCUCAGCAAGCACUUCGCAGAACAAUGGAAAAAUAUAGUAACACAACUCGUUUCGCCUUGGCGUGUAAUUAUAGUGAAAAAGUGAUUGAAGCUAUACAAUCUCGUUGUGCCAUAUUGAGAUAUUCGAGGCUCAGUGAUGCACAAAUUAUGGCUAGAAUAUUACAAAUAUGUGAAAAAGAGAAUGUAAAUUAUACCCAAGACGGUCUCGAAGCGAUAGUUUUCACAGCCCAAGGUGACAUGCGUCAAGCUUUGAAUAAUCUCCAAUCGACUCACAACGGAUUCGGAGAAGUCAAUUCCGAGAAUGUGUUUAAAGUGUGCGACGAACCGCAUCCGAUGUUGAUUAAAGAUAUGUUGCAACAUUGCAUCGAAGGCGAUAUUAGGAAAGCUUAUAAAGUCGUGGAGCUGUUGUGGAAUUUGGGAUACGCCGCCGAGGAUAUAAUAAAAAAUAUAUUUAAAGUCUGUAAGAAUAUGGAUAUGGAGGAAGGAUUGAAAUUGGAAUUUAUAAAGGAAAUUGGUUUAACCCAUCAGAGGGUAGUCGACGGUUUAUGUUCGUUGAUGCAGAUGUCUGGGUUAUUGGCGAGGAUGUGUAAAGUAGCUAAAGGAGGGAAUCUUAUAUAAAAACAUGAUUAUUUAUUAUUCUUUUUUUAAUAAAAUAUUUAAAUUU